UGUAUGCUAUCGUGCGUUUACAGAAGUAUCUGAAACAUCCAUCCUUGGAAGGGAUUGGUGCGCGUAAUGUUCGAUGACGUCCAGUGUCUUUGGCACGUGGGCAGUGGUAUUCCGACUCCGAGCCACAUAAACAAAGGCACAUUGUCAGUGUUAACCGCGGCCAGUCUAGAAGCCAGUUGGGGAUGUGCAUGGCCAUCUGCCCCGUUCUCUUCACAAUACUACAUUUGCACUUGGAUAUGGAUACAGCGGAGAAGAUGUAAUCCUCUAAAUGUAUGUAUUAUGGUGCACCGGGUGACAGUUUAAGCAGGGAGCAACAUCGAGUGGAUAUUAUCAUAACUCCAGGAAGUGAUUCGGGCAUUGUGUCUUUGAAAAUAGUCAUACAACUGAAGCAACUAUGCCGUGCGUUCAGGCUCAGUGCGGAUCGUCGCCUCAAGGAGCUAGUCCCGCUUCGCAACAGAGCGCAAGCAGCUUCCACGCCGCUGGAGAGCACCACAGCCAUAACUGCGACUUUUUAACGCCCGAGUUUGUCAAGUUUAGCAUGGACCUGACCAACACAGAAAUCACAUCAGCCACUAUCACCAAUCUUCCAAAUGUCGGUGUUUUCGUGGACAGCUACUGUAACAAUUCGAACUAUGACGUCAAACCCCCUUGUCUAUUCCAAAUGCCCAAUCUGGGGGAGCAGUCAUCCAUCAAAGUUGAAGACAUCCCCAUGUACCACCAGCAGAGUCACCACCACCAGCCGCAUCAGUCCGAUGAGAUGGUCACUCCCUCCGGGUCCGUUUACUACAAGUCCCCCUCUCCACACACACAGACAUUCCAGAGUCCACCCAGCCAUGCGUGGGAUGAUUCUGGAUCUCUGUACAGUUUUCACCAGGACUACUUGGCGGUGGCGCACAGAAUGGAGCAGCGGAAAAAUGCCAUAUCCAGAUUAUCCUUGUUUUCUCUCAAGCAUUCCCAAACCGGUAGUCCUUUGUCGACGUGCCAGAUGAGAUUUGACGGGUCCCUCCAGGUGUCCGUGAACCCGGAUACCUCAGGCAGGUAUCAUGGCUUGGAGAGCCAGGGCAUCUUUGGUUCCAGCUCCCUAAGGAAACAGCACAGGGUGGGUUCCCCCUAUUCGUUCCAGCUCGGUCACGGACAUCACUUUAUGGAUAACCAAGCACCGUCGCCUCCUCGCCAAGGAUCACCCACCAACACCGAUGCUUUAUGUGCCGUGUGUGGGGACAAUGCCGCCUGUCAGCACUACGGCGUGCGAACCUGCGAGGGCUGUAAGGGAUUCUUCAAGCGCACUGUUCAGAAAAAUGCCAAAUAUGUGUGUUUAGCUGGGAAAAACUGUGCAGUUGACAAACGCCGGAGAAACAGGUGCCAAUACUGCCGUUUCCAGAAGUGCCUUGUCACGGGAAUGGUUAAAGAAGUCGUCAGGACUGCAAGUUUAAAGGGUCGACGUGGCCGGUUACCCUCCAAACAUAAGAUUCAAGACCCUUUGUCACCUGUCAGCAUCCUUAACGCGCUAGUGAGGGCCCAUGUGGACUCCAACCCCUCAUUGUCUCGACUGGACUACUCCCGAUUCCAGAAUAAUGCUGACAGCCAAAUCGAAGGAGAUGACACGCAACAUGUGCAGCAGUUCUACGACGUCCUGACCGUCUCCAUGGAGAUUAUCCGAGACUGGGCGCAAAAGAUCCCAGGUUUUACCGAUCUGCCGAGACCGGACCAAGAUCUCCUCUUCGAAUCAGCCUUCCUGGAACUCUUCGUUCUGCGUUUGGCUUACAGGUCCAACCCUGAGGAAGGGAAGCUCAUCUUCUGCAACGGAUUGGUUUUGCACAGGCUUCAGUGUAGGCGCGGCUUUGGAGACUGGAUUGACACCAUAGUGGAGUUCUCUGCAAACCUUCAAAGUAUGAAUAUAGACGUUGCAACAUUCUCCUGCAUAUGCGCCCUUGCCACAGUAACAGAGAGACAUGGGCUGAAGGAGCCCAGGAAAGUAGAGGAACUUCAGAACAAGAUGGUGAACUGUUUGAAAGACAAAGUGACUUUUAACGAUGGAAGUGUCAGUCGACCAAAUCACUUGACAAAACUCUUGGGAAAGCUGCCUGAACUUCGCACGCUGUGUACACAAGGUCUGCAGAGGAUAUUCUACUUGAAACUGGAAGACUUGGUCCCUCCACCUGCAAUAAUAGACACGCUUUUCCUCGAUACUUUGCCCUUUUAGGUGACAUAAAGCCUGUCAUCAUGUCAGAAAGGCGAGGUUAAUAUGGCCAUUUUUUAGUUCCCUAUAUCACGCAUUAUGCAUUUUCUCUCAUAUUUAUUUCCAUUGUUUUUGUACCUCUCUUCAUAAGAGCGCUUGGUCAUGUUUAUAGGCCUACAUGUCUGCAUUGCCAGAUAAAAAAAGAGACAACACGACAUUUAAGAUGUUUUUAAUUUUAAACAGAAUGAAGAGUUAGACAAUAUUACAAUAUCGUCGAUUUCUGAAGGACAUGGAUGUCUUGAACUAUUUGGUCUUGCUUUGAAUUGUGAGUAUUUUCAUUUGAUAACUAAACAUUUUCGAUAACUAUGUUGUUGUAUGUAGACACUGGAUAAUGUAUAUGGAACAUAUAUGCCUCGAACGUAUACAGAUUUAUUUUUUAUCAAAUAAUUUAUGGGAGAUGUUUUAUGUAGGCUAUUUCUUGUCUUGUCACACCUGGACUGUGGUUAUAUUGCAUUUGAAUUAAUAACGUAUACUGCUAAAUAAUCUAACGUUUGUAAAUGUGUUCGUUAUUUUGAUUGGUCAUGGGCUUACAAUGUCAGGUUUUUCCAUUCAAAAUAAAAUUCAUGCCGUUUA